AUGUCCGUCCCUCGAACCCCGAUUUCUCGCGAUACUCCUCCAAUCCCGGCUCAGGGUGCUCCUGGAGAGGCAACUAUCGCUCAGAGCCUCAAAUAUGCAGAUGAACUCUGCGGUUCAAAUUUUGAGGUCAUGGAAAGACACUACAAUGAAGAAGGAUCAUACCUUGGUCAGGGAGCGUUGAAUCUAUUCUGUCAGACAUUGUGCGGCCAUCCCUUUGAGGAUGCGAGGGAUUACCAGUAUAUGGAUACUACAUUUGCGUUUGUAGGCCUUAAGAUCCGACCUUCCCAUUUCCUUAAAUACAUAGAGUAUUUGAUCAAGUUUGUGGUGGAUGAAGGAAAGGCAAACGAGCCCAUCGCUGAGUUCAUCCGCGGGAUCAAGGACCUUCCAGAGUGGACAUUUGGAGCACAGGAAGAGCUGACUCGCACAUGGAGCGUGCUUUGGAACGCACUUUCCUUUAACCCAGACAUACCACUAUCACUAUCGUCCUUCGAAUCAAGAGUAUCAGAGCUCUUGCAACUUUCUCCGCCCAACGCAGCCAGGAUCGCCCCUGGUCUCAAGCUCAAAGCCGGUAUCAUGGAUCUUGAACAUCUGGGUAUCAAAGUUCGACCAACAUUGAACCUCGAUGAGCACAUGACGUUGGAGGACGAUACCCUCAAAGUCCUAAAAUUAUCACGCGGAACUUGGACUUUGUGCUUGACGUAUCACGAAAAUCUUGUCGCCAAAGCACUGAACAUUGAUACCCUGGGAAGAGAAGUUCUCGGUUCGCUCUUCACCUUAUACGGAGAAGCCGCGCUGAUGAAAAAGGCCGGUGAGAUGGAACUUUUGCUGGUCGAGAGUGAUCAGGAGCUCCCGCUGUGGACACGUGUACUCAGCGAAGAUUACAACAAAGUCACCCACCGAGUAAGUCGCUCUCGUAGCACUGCCCGAAACACACUUCAAUUGUAG